UAAGGUCUCAUUAAUUUGCAAUAAGGGGAGAUAAUUACACCAGGUGGCGCAGCUAAUGGGUAUUCAAUAUGGUGGACCACGUCAACAAUGUCAAUAUUCAUCAUCACGCAAACCUUCAUGCGCCGAUAAAUACGGAAAAUUGAAUCUGAAGAAAGAAUAAAACCAAUGUCAUUGAAUAAAGUCUAGUAAAUGAUCCGUAAUUUUUGACAAUGUCCAUUCGGUUUCCACGUUAUCCUAGUUCACAUUAUAAGAUUGAGUCUGGUAUAGAUUUAUCCAAAUUAUCAGAGAAAGAAAGAUGGAGAAUCGAACACCAGCGGUUACAUGAAAAACACAAGGGCCAUGAAGCAAUGCAUGCUGAAAUGGCCCUGAUAUUACUGGCUACAUUAGUUGUAGCCCAGAUUGUACUAGUCCAGUGGAAAUUAAGGCAUUUUAGAUCUUAUCAGAGAGCGACAUUAUUAGGAAUGUGGUUAAUACCGGUAGCAUUUUGUAUCAAAUUUGUGUGGAUCAGAUUUUUAGUGAUCUGGUCAAUAUUUUCUGUUGCCACUGGUUAUAUUACAUUCCGGGCGACACAGAAGCCAUUAGUCGGAACAACACCAAGGUUGGUGUAUAAAUGGUUUUUAUUAAUAUAUAAACUUAGUUAUGCAGCAGGUAUUAUUGGUUAUAUCAUCAUCAUGUUCACCAUUUUCGGCCUCAACUUAUUAUUUUUAAUCAAACCACAAACAGCCAUGGAUAUGGGCCUACUUAUAUUAUUUUAUGGUUUAUAUUUCGGCGUUGUGUCAAGAGAUUUUGCGGAAGUUUGUGCUGAUUCUAUGGCAGCUCAUAUAGGUUAUUAUACUACAACUGGUUUACCAGGUAAAAGAUUAGAUCCUAAUGUAUGUGCUGUAUGUGGUAAUCAGAUUCUAGUUAUCAACAAUGAAGAUGCCAUUAUAGAAAAAACAUGUAAAUUAUCAUGUGAUCAUUUAUUUCAUGAGUUUUGUAUCCGUGGUUGGUGUAUUGUGGGUAAAAAAGAAACUUGUCCGUAUUGUAAAGAAAAGGUUGAUCUGAAGAGAAUGUUUCCCAGUCCAUGGGAUCGACCUCAUGUUAUGUAUGGUAAUCUAUUAGAUUGGAUACGUUAUUUAGUUGCCUGGCAACCUGUUAUUAUUUUAAUAGUUCAAGGUAUAAACUGGACUCUAGGAUUAGAGUAACUAUGGUUACCUGAUAGAAAUAUGUAAAUAGAAUAAAUAAUUAUAAAGUAA